AUGGCGUUGAACGCUCUUGAAGGUUUGGGUUUAGCCAAGCCCAUAACCACUAUGAUUACGAUGAUGAUGCAGAAAAAACCUGCGGUUCUAUACCACUAUCCAUGCCCAGACGGCGCUUUUGCAGCUUUAGCAGCUCACCUCUUCUUCUCUGCUGCUUGUCUUCUGGUGAUGUUCUUCCCCAACACUGUCUACAACCCCAUCGCUUCCAAUCAGCUCCCUCUGGCCGUAAUCAGCGAUAUUUACCUUCUAGACUUCGUGGAUCCAUCUGGGUUUGUUCAGGAAACCUCUUCCAAGUUCGAUGUGGGUUUGAACUUUGAAUCCAUCCUUGUUCAAGCAGUUGUUUUGUUUGAAUUUGGAGGAUGUAAUCAGUCAGGGAUUGGCCAGCUUAUCCUAAAAGCAGGAAAUGAUUCUUUCGGUCAAUCAUAUGAGAUUGCUCUUGUGAGUGGCGCAUUUGGACAUUGCCUGGCUGUGAAUGCUGAUUCUGUAUCGGAGUUGAGGAGGGAACUUGUUCAUCAAUUAGCCAAGAAAAGCCGUAAUCUAAAGUGGAGCUAUGCAGAACAACCUGAUGAUCAUAUUUGCCCUGCAUCUUCAUGUGGAAAUAUACCCAAUAUAAGCUACCCUUUUCGGCUCCAAACCGAUCCACCAAACUGCGGGAAGAAAAGGUAUGAACUAUCUUGUGAGAAUAACAACCGUUCUACUGUCUUAAACUUGUAUUCCGGAAAAUACCAUGUCCAUGCAAUCAAUUACAAUAACUACACAAUUCGACUGGCGGAUUUCAAUAUUGACAAGGCUAAUUGCUCCGCGGUACCUCCUUACUCUUUGUCCAUUUAUAACUUCACUUACAAAGAUCCAUAUUUAACUAGCAUGGAUACAGACAGUGAAUCAUAUUCACUCUCAGAAGAUUUAACAUUCGUCAAGUGUGAAAAUUCAGUUGAGUCUCCUCUUUACAUACGUACUGAUCCGUGCAUUAAUAGUAGUGGUGCUGCUAGCACUACCUUAUCCAGAGAGGAAUACUACUCUUAUGUGAAGGUUGGUGGAACAUAUACAUCGGAGUUAGAGGAUUCUUGCCGUAUAGAACUUAUGGUUAUGAUCACAUCACGACUGCAGAGAAUUUGGGAAAACAGAAGCACCAACAUUUCCUACAAAAACAUACACAAUCAACUUGUAUACGGCUUUGAGCUUUCAUGGUCCUCGAGUUUUGCUGAAGAUCAUAUCGUGGAUUGCUGUUAUGGCCGCCCUGACUGGAGUACUAGUAUUCCGACCAUUGCUCAAAUUUGCCUGCUCGUCCUCUGCGUGGUCCUAUCGAGCGUUGGGUUGAGCAGGCUUCUAUUAGCAGUUGCAUCUCAUACCUACAAAUUGCGAAGGCAACAUUUAUCAAUGUGUAACAUUAUUGAAGAAUUCUUACAAGCUAACAAUGAUCUUAUGCCUAUAAGUUAUUCUUACUCCGAAAUUAGAAAGAUGACCAAGGGUUUCAAGCACAAACUAGGUGAAGGAGGUUAUGGUUCUGUUUAUAAAGGAAAGCUUCGUAGUGGACGUUUUGUAGCAAUCAAGAUGUUAGAGAAAUCCAAGGCUAAUGGGCAAGAAUUCAUCAAUGAAGUUUCUACCAUUGGAAGGAUUCACCAUGUCAAUGUCGUGCAGCUUGUUGGCUUUUGUGCUAAGGGAUCAAAACGUGCUCUUGUAUACGAUUUUAUGCCUAAUGGAUCUCUUGACAAAUAUCUUUUUUCUGAAGAAGGAAUUAACUCCUUAGAUUGUACGACAAUGUGUGAAAUCUCAUGUGGAGUGGCUUGUGGUAUUGAAUAUCUUCAUCGAGGAUGCAACAUGCAAAUUCUGCAUUUUGAUAUUAAGCCGCAUAACAUUCUUUUGGAUGAGAAUUUCAUUCCAAAGGUUUCUGAUUUCGGGCUUGCAAGAUUAUCCCCAUUAGGCAAUAGCAUUGUCUCUCUUACCGCAGCAAGAGGAACCAUGGGAUACAUAGCUCCAGAGUUGUUUUACAAGAAUAUUGGAGCAGUUUCUAACAAAGCAGAUGUUUAUAGUUUCGGAAUGCUAUUGAUGGAAAUGGCUAGUAGAAGAAAGAAUUUGAAUGCACGUGCAGAACAUACAAGUCAAAUUUACUUUCCUUCAUGGAUUUAUGAUCAAAUCAAGGAAGGAAACGAGGUUGAAAUGGGUGAUGCAACAGAUGAUGAAUCAAAAAUAAGAAAGAAGAUGAUUAUAGUUGCAUUGUGGUGUAUACAGAUGAAUCCAAAUGAUCAACCAACAAUGAACAGAGUCAAAAAGAUGCUUGAAGGAGAUGUUGAAAGCCUACAAAUGCCUCCAAAGCCUUUUCUAUGUCCACAAGAAAUGCCUCUAAAUGAUGAAGGAUUGAAAUCAAAUUCAAGAUACUCAACGCCAGCUUCAGAUGAUGAAUCCAAACAGAUUAGUGAGAUUGUAGAAUUACAUUAAAAGAUGUUGCUAAUAACAGUUGGUUUGUUGUUUUCACAUUUUCUAUGAGAAAUGUGCUUUCUAUGAGAAACGUGCUUCAUAUAUCGUUUAAUUUAAUUACUAUUUGGGAAUCAGAUUCUCAUUUAAGGUGUGAUAAAACUUUGUAUUAAAUUAAUCUUUUCCUUUCUAGAUACAGAGUAAAUUUAUGUUCGGUGAUGAUUUGGAUUGGUGGAAUAAAAAUUU